CAUAAUAAUAUGACGUAAUAGCAUUCAAGUUGAGGCAAUUUUGCUGACUUUAUUUUCUGAAAACUCCCCAGAAUCAUGACAAGUGUCAACCAACCAGAGCUACUGAUAAUUAGGCUGUUUCACCACUAUAUAAUGCCCUCCCAACUCCCAUACAUCUCUUCCCAUCCAUUGUAUCUCUCAUUUCACACUUAUGAACACCGUGAUGCCGUCUCAGAGUCAGACGCAUGACACCACUAUCCUCGUAUCUAAUCUUCACUGCAGCAGUUGUGUAAGCACAAUUAACCAAGUGCUCUUCUCUCUGUCACCCCCUCCAACGAGGGUAGACAUAUCCAUCGUCCACCAGUCAGUGACAGUUUGGCAUGCCAUUACAAUACUCAGACACUCCAUACAUGCCAUCCUCGAAGACGCUGGGUUUGAUGUAUCCGACCCAGCCUCUGAGCGAAGGCUUUCACGACAAAUGAGUUUGAGUACCGCGCUUUCUGGAAAACGUCAAAAGCAUAUACAACAAUGUUCGUCGUGUCAGGGGGUAACCGCUACGGCACUCCAGGACAUAGCUCCACCGCCCUUGCGGGGUAAUGCCGGCAACCUAACUUCCAACAGUGUUUCUCCGACGCAUCGCUCUACGAUGGUGGGAUCAGAGAAGGACCCAGAAUUAAGUCCAAGAUCCUUGCAUAAAGUUGGCGUUGAUGACGUGCCCCAUCUCGUCACAUUGUCCGUAGGUGGCAUGACAUGCUCCGCAUGUCCAAGUACUAUUACCGAAAUGGUCUCACAACUCCCUGGGAUCUCCGAAAUAGUCGUUAGCCUGCUCAAUCAUUCCGCCACGGUGGUUGUUGCUCGAAGGGACCUUGUUGGUUCUGUGACCGAAACGAUCGAUGACUGUGGUUACGAAGUCGACGUCGUCAAGGUCAAGCCACUCAUCCCAUCAACAUCAGAAAGUGCAACAGGUCCUCGGACUUUAUCCCUUCGUGUUGAUGGAAUGUACUGCCAAAACUGUCCAGCAAAGAUUAUGACUGCCUUACAAAGGCUCCAGCCAGACGUUGCCAUUAUCAAAUCGUUAUCAAACCAAUUGGACCCCAUAAUGCAAGUAUCAUACAAGCCAUCACCUCCGGACUUCACCAUCCGCUCUAUCAUCUCGUCUAUCGUGUCCGUGGAGCCGACAUCAUACACUGUAUCGAUUCAUUAUCCACCUACGCUCGAAGAGCUCACACGCAGUAUGCAGCAGCGCGAGAAACGAGCCUUGCUUCUGCGCCUGUUUUUCACAUUUAUAAUGGCGAUACCCACGUUCAUCAUCGGCGUAGUUUACAUGAGUCUCGUUCCAAGUCCCACGAAGCAAUACCUAAUGGAGCCCAUGUGGAACGGAAAUGCGUCCCGGAUUGAGUGGGCGCUUUUCUUUCUCGCAACCCCAGUAUACUUUUAUGGUGCCGAUUUGUUUCAUCGUCGGAGUAUCAAAGAAAUCAGGUCUUUAUGGAGGAAAGGGAGCACGUCUCCCAUCAUCAAGCGUUUUACUAGAUUUGGGAGUAUGAGCCUUUUGGUUUCUACCGGAGUAUCUGUGGCCUACUUUUCAUCAAUCGCGCUUCUCAUUCUUGCAGCCACACAGCCACCUGCGAGUAGCGGUACAGCACAAGAUACCACAUAUUUCGACGCUGUCGUGUUCUUGACCCUAUUUUUACUUCUUGGGCGUUACCUCGACGCAUAUAGUAAAGCGAGGACUGCUGACGCAAUCACUGCGCUCAGCUUGCUUCGCCCCUUUGAAGCUCUUCUACUGACCAUUGAUUCUGCUUCUGCUCCUACUACCCCCGCGAUCGUUCCCCGCAAUGAUCCCGAAAAAUGUGACGUGUCAUUUGAUAACGGCAGCUUUAUUGCGUCUCGUGGAUUCAGGUUCGAAAGGGUACCUGUUGACCUGUUGGAGGUUGGCGAUGUGGUACGUGUGCAAAAUGGUGCCACGCCACCAUCAGAUGGUACAAUUGUGUCUGGUGCGGAGACGUCCUUUGACGAAAGCUCUUUGACGGGCGAGGCUAAACUUGUCAAGAAGAAUACUGGGGACAAGGUUCUUCUUGGAACAAUCAACAAGUCUAGGGCAGUAGACGUUCGAGUGGACGCUAUUGGUGGUGUCACAAUGCUGGACCAGAUUGUGCAGAUUGUCCGUGAGGGUCAGACUCGCAGGGCACCCAUUGAGCGUAUUGUAGACCAUAUUACAGGCGUUUUUGUCCCAAUCAUCACUUUACUGGCGAUCGUUACUUGGUUGAUAUGGCUUACCUUGGGUGUUAGCGGUGCUAUCCCUAGGAGUUACUUAGAUACGAGUCAAGGCGGUUGGAUCGUCUGGUCUCUCGAGUUUGCAAUUGCAGUAUUCGUCGUGGCGUGCCCUUGCGGCAUCGGCCUGGCAGCACCUACCGCUCUUCUUGUGGGAUCCGGCCUUGCAGCUAAAUAUGGAAUCUUGGCCCGCGGAGGUGGCGAGGCUUUCCAAGACAUGGCGCAACUUGAUGUCGUUGUGUUCGAUAAGACCGGAACACUCACCGAAGGUGGCGAGCCCCGAGUGUCUGAUGCCAAGAUCCUGCUCUCGUCGGUGCCUGAGAAGACGCUUCUCGGAAUCGCCGCGGAGUUGGAAUCUGCAUCAUCUCACCCGCUCGCAAAUGCAAUUAGGCAGUAUGCGGGGGACCAUGGUGCCGUGUCUGUUGUUGGCAACGCGUUCGAUGAAAUUGCUGGUAAAGGCGUCAAAGCGGAUUUCGAAGAAAUGCGACGCAAGGCGAUAGUAGGAAACGAAGCCCUGAUGCAAGACCACGAUGUCCUGCUCUCUCCAGACGUUCUCCAAGUGCUCGAUAGGUGGAAAUCUGAGGCGAAGAGUAUCGUCCUCCUCGCUGUUACGGUCGCGGACUUUGACAAUGAAUUCGUCGUUGCAGCUAUAUUCGCUGUGUCGGAUCCCAUCAGGAGAGAAGCUACUGGUGUUAUACGUCAUUUGCAGGAACAGGGCAUUGGGACAUGGAUGCUAUCAGGGGACAACGAGACGACGGCAAAAGCAGUUGCAAAAUCUGUGGGCAUUCCUGAAAUGAACGUCAUCGCUGGUGUCCUGCCCCAACAAAAAGCUGAAAAGAUCGAGUGGCUGCAGCACAAUGGCACCAGACGUCCGUCUUCGCGAUGGCAGCGUAUGUUGCCCAGGUCAACGUCAAAUCAACGAUGUAUUGUCGCAAUGGUUGGGGAUGGUAUCAACGACGCACCCGCGCUAGCAGUUAGUGACAUAGGAAUAGCCAUCGGAUCUGGAAGCGACGUCGCAAUAUCUAGCGCUUCAUUCAUUCUUGUAUCUUCAAAUCUCAAAAGUCUAGUCACUUUGAGCAAUCUUUCGAUAAAAGUGCUCAAUCGCGUUAAAAUUAACUUUCUAUGGGCAAUUAUGUACAAUGUGAUUGCAGUCCCCAUCGCUGCUGGCGUGGUAUAUCCUGCUGGACACGUGCGUCUAGCUCCCGUAUGGGCAUCAUUGGCCAUGGCAUUAUCCUCUAUAUCUGUAGUUUGCUCAUCGCUUGCACUUAGAUUGUACAGGGAGCCGAAGAUACAACUUUGAAAAGUUCAAAUUCUUUCGGCAACGUUGUAGUCAAUCUGUUCUCCUGAUCUGUAUCAUUUAUGUCAUCACUGUACUCCUAGCAUAUUUUAUGAAUGCACUCUCUUACGCCCAUGAUCACAAUCUCUGCGU